ACGCGCGCACUCGCAUCGGCGACACAAAGGCAAGGAUUACGAUGUGAAGGUGCUGGCAGAACAUUCGGAGAACACAAUUGAGUACAGGACACAAACGCGAACGCACACGCUUCGAUUGUGGGCGCUGCCACCGGAAAUCCAAAGUUGAACCAGUGCCUGACCGAAAAGAAUUACAAAAUAAUUGCUAAAACCGAUGAUUUUCCGGAUUCAACUUGCCAACUACUCGCCAACAGAUGAAACCCAGAAGCAAAAUUGAAUUGAAACUAAAUCAAUACUGAAAAUCAACAAAUGAAAAUAUCAAAAAGCGCGUGCAUAAAACCCGCAUAAAGCCAAACUGCAACCAACGAAAAAAAAGCGAGAUACAAAAUCAACAACAAUUUCUGGAAUUAAUUUCAUUUGCCGCGCGCGUCCAUAAAAAUCUACAUAGAAAGCGGCACAAAAUAAAUACACCAGCCAGCGACGAAAGUGAAUUGGUUAGCCAUGGAGAAGGCGUAACUGCCAUCUGCUGACCCAGGACCCAUAACUUUAGAUGAGCGCGCCACUGUGCCACAAUUUCGGUUUACACCUGUCGAAGCUGCCACUCCCACGAGGAACUUUUUCUACGACCACACCAGCCACAGCAGCAGCAACAGCAACUAGAGGCGCCACAAGCACAGGAAAAAGCAAAAGAGCAACAACAUCAGUGAUAUGGAACUGUGCAUAGCAACAAAGUCAAAAACUGAAACCGCUCAGAGUUCAAUGCAGCAAAGCAGCCAAUGCAGCAGCAACUACCGAAACUAUCAAAAGAAAUGCCACCAAAAUCAAACAAACACUCAAGUACAGAGCACUCAGCAGAGCAUUUGCAGCAGCCACAGAGAUCGAGACCACCUGACAAACCCACAAAAGCAACAAAACCAACGAACAAAUAGUGCAACAGCAACAGCAGCAGCAGCUGCAGCUGCAACAUCAUCAAAUUUCAGUAGGUGCAACGUCAUCAGCAACACAAGCACUAAACGCAGUAAAAACACCAGGGAGCCGAGCAGCAGCACACAAUUAAACACCCUCUACGCGGUGCUGGUGCUUUUGAUAGUCGGCCUUGCCGCAGCCACCGCCUCCCCCAGCCCCGCCCCCUUUUCCCGCGAGAGCAGGCGCGAUGCUCUUUUGGCCUACUACAAAAGGGCGCACCUGCCACAAAGCGGCAGUAGCAGCAGCAGCAUCUCCCUGGGGCACGAGUACCACAGCCAGCACCAGUAUCACCUGCUCCACGAUGCCAAUGGCCUUGACUUUGAAGAGCUAACACCCACCGCCAGCAGCGUGUCCGCUCUCAGUCGGGCGGAGCGCUUUCGAUUGCGUAAGCGCAGCGCCACGCCCACAACGCCCAGCAGUGCGGCAGCUGCCACGGCGGCAGCCACUCCACUGGAUGUUGCAACGGCAGCAACAGCGAAGGAGGCGGGCAGCGGGAAGAAGCCCGAGGAGAAGUGCGAGCCAAAAGUACUCGAAUCGCUGCCAGACGAGCCGUUUUACGACUACACCGACAUCGCCGAGGAUGCCGCACGCCAGUUUAUUGAAUUUUUAUCGGGCAAAUUCCCAAAUGCCAACACACCGAUUACCAUCGAUGAGCCGACACGUGCGGAGGUGAGUCGCCGGGCCAAUGGAAUCGCCAGCUACGCCCUCAACGAGGACGACAAUCUCCUGGCCUUCGCCAUCGCCGCGCCCAGCAUUCACACGGUGGUCGUUAAAUUCAGGGAUAACGUUACGAUACCUCCUGAUCAGGUGCACAAUAAGGCAUAUUUGGGUUCCUACUGGCGGGAGUUGGGUGCGGCCUGGAACAGCACGGACGGCACCCAGGAGUGGGGGGCUCCCUUCCGCGACUGCAACCUGUUGACGCGUCGCUGGCUUUGGCCAUUUCGCAUAUCCUUCAGCGAGCACAGGAUCAAAGUUGUGGCGGCUGCCUUCAUUGCCGCCGAUGAGGAUGUGUGCAACGAUGGCCUGGAGGAAGUUUUCGGUCGCCGCCACGGUUGCGAUCGGAAUACGACCUUCUGCCUGCUCACCGAAAACAAACCCGCCGCCACCCGUGACGUAUACACCUGUCUCUGCCGGGAAUCCUACUACCUGCCCAAUUCCACGCUGCAGGGAUUCCGUGGCGAUCGGGUGGAGCUGUCCGAGGGUUACGACAACUACUCGUGCAUUCCGUGUCCCGGCGGAUGCACCAACUGCGAUAGCAAUGGCGUCUGCUUGACCUUCCAGGAGGAGGAGGUGCUCAACGUGGACGCCUGCCUGCGCCUCCUGGUGGCCAUCGUCCUGGGCGCCUGCAUCCUGUGCUGCAUCGUCCUCGGCGUGAUUGUCUUCCGGCAGAGAAAGUGCAAGGCCAUUGCGUCUGGCAUGUGGACUGUGCUGGAGACGAUACUGCUGGGCAUUGUUUUACUUUAUGCAUCUGUUGCCGUCCAUUUCUUUCCCGCAUCCACCGAGCGCUGCCUUCUGGAGCCUUGGCUCCGGGAGCUGGGCUUCAUCACCUGCUACGGAGCCAUCAUACUGAAAUUGUACCGCCACCUGGUGGACUUCCGCACCCGCAAGGCGCAUCGCUGGGUGCUGCGGGACGUGGAUCUGCUCAAGUAUCUGGGCACCAUGGUCUUCGCCGUCAUCUGCUACAUGGCCGCGUUCACGGCCUCGUCGCUGGACCUCCUCGAAAGUGCGCAGCUGGAGAGCCUCAGGGAGGCGGACACAAACACCUGCCAUCCGCUCAAAUGGGAGCUGGUCACGCAGACCAGCGAGAUGCUCAUCCUGUGCUUUGGGCUGCACCUGUCCAUCGCCAGUCGGAAUGCCAACACCCAGUUCCGGGAACGACAAUUCCUGGUGACCGCCCUGACGCUGGAGUUCCUGGUCUCGUCGAGCUUCUACUUUCUGCGCUUUGUCUACCUGCCGGAAAUGAGUCCCAGCGCCAUCUUGCUGGCCCUAUUCAUCCGCUCCCAGCUGACGAAUAGUUUCGCCUUGGGUCUGAUAUUUGUGCCAAAGUUGUGGUAUCAGCACAAGCAGGGUACGUCACACGACGCCGGCCAGCGGCUGGGCGGAGGAUAUGCCGGACUCUGUCUGGGCGAUCCGGACAUCGGGGAGCUGACCAUAUCCGAAAUGAGCCCCGAGGACAUACGCGCCGAACUCAAAAGACUGUACACCCAACUGGAGAUUAUGAAGAACAAGACUCUGAGGCAGGACAAUCCGCACAUCAGCAAACGACGUGGUGGACGCAAGGCGGGUCACCGUCGCUUCUCCCUGCAGGCUCUAAGUGCCAAACACCGCAGCAACAAGCAUCAUCAGGACAUCGAGAUCACCGAGGCGGAACCAUCCAGGACGCCCGAGGAUUCGGUUUGCAGUGCCGAAGGACCCACGGAUACCUAUGCGGAAAUAUCCGGCGUGUCCCACUCAAUGCUCUCCCACUCGAUGGUCUCCCACUCCGUUGUCUCGCACUCAAAGUAAGGAGUCUUUGCUAAGGAGACCGAAUCGCAGGAUCAUUGCGGAUUUUUGAGAAUUGUAUAUAAGUAUUAACGAUACGAUACAUGUUGGUAUGUGUAGAUAAUAUGUGAGAAAUAGUUAUUAUAUAGCGCAACAACACAAACAAUAAAAGAAUUACUUUAAUUUCGCGAAGAAAGAAAAACCGACAGGAAAAUGAUAGAGGAGAUGCAAAACACACACAAAACACAAACAAUAACAAACAUUACUUUAUUUUUCAAUGAAACGUAAAGUAAAGAACCUUGAAUGCAGUCAAGUUUUAUAAAGUUUUGAUAAAUUUUUAGACGAUUUUACUUUAAUUUCCGUUGAUUUCUCUCAGUCUUGAGUUCGAUUGAUUUCGAUGAUAGGAUCACUGAUAGAUCAAAGUUGUUCAAACGGUAGAGCGGUAAAACAGAGCCCACCUGUGUAGGUAACGAUAAAACUGUAAAAACAAGGCCACAUACACUAAGAAAAAUGACACCCAUUCCUAAAACACGCGUUUUUGUUUACCUCUAAGUUCCUCGACAGUUACUAACACUCGGUUCCUCCAACCAUUUGCUUUCAAGUCAACCCAACAC